CACGAGUGGCGGGCGGCGUGGGUCUAGCUCCGGCGGCGCCGCGGGCUGCGGUCCAGACCGUGCGGGUCCUGGGAAGCCCAGCCCACUCUCCGCAGGGGUCGUCCGCUCCGCCCUCUUCCCCAUUCUGCUCCCUCCUCCCGGGCUCUGCUCCCAUUGCUCAGAGAGGCGGGGGCGCCCGGGGCACUGGGGAAGGCUUUGGCGUGGCUCCCGCGCUCGGGUCCGCCCCCUAACGCCCCGCCCGAUCCCCGCCCUCCCCACUGCCCUCUGCGGGAGCCAGGCAGCUGCAGGGGAACCUCGGAGCGGGUGGCGGGGCCGGGGCAGUGAGCUUUGGGAGCGCGGAAUGUGAGGCUCGGCGGCCCUAAGCACUCACUGACGCUGGAACGGCGAGGGGCGGCGACCCCUUUCGGGUGACUGGCCGUUCUGGGUUGUGGACUCGCCCUCUCCCGCGCCCUUGUACACGCCCCGCGCCCUCGGGCGCGCCGGCGGGACCAUGAAGAAGUUCUCUCGAAUGCCCAAGACGGAGGGCGGCGGAGGAGGAGUGGCGGGCAGCGGAGCCGUCGGGGUCGGGGCCGGCUCUGGCUCUGGGAGCUCGUCUGUAGGGGUCCGGGUGUUCGCGGUCGGCCGCUACCAGGUCACCCUGGAGGAGUCGCUGGCUGAAGGUGGAUUUUCCACAGUUUUCCUGGUGCGGACUCAUGGUGGAUCCCGCCAUGCAUUGAAGCGAAUGUAUGUCAAUAACUUGCCAGACCUCAGCAUUUGUAAAAGAGAAAUUAAAAUUAUGAAAGAGCUAUCUGGACACAAAAAUAUUGUGGGCUAUCUGGACUGUGCUGUUAAUUCAAUUAGUGAUAAUGUAUGGGAAGUGCUUAUCCUAAUGGAAUAUUGUCGAGCUGGGCAAGUAGUGAAUCAGAUGAAUAAGAAGCUGCAGACAGGUUUUACGGAACCGGAAGUGUUACAGAUAUUCUGCGAUACCUGUGAAGCUGUUGCAAGGUUACAUCAGUGUCAGACUCCAAUAAUUCAUCGGGACCUGAAGGUGGAAAAUAUUUUGUUGAAUGAUGGUGGAAACUACGUACUUUGUGAUUUUGGCAGUGCCACUAACAAAUUUCUUAAUCCUCAAAAAGAUGGAGUUAAUGUGGUAGAAGAAGAAAUUAAAAAGUAUACAACUUUGUCAUACAGAGCCCCUGAAAUGAUCAACCUUUAUGGAGGGAAACCCAUCACCACCAAGGCUGAUAUCUGGGCACUGGGAUGUUUACUGUAUAAACUUUGUUUCUUCAUGCUUCCCUUUGGUGAGAGUCAGGUUGCUAUCUGUGAUGGCAGCUUCACCAUCCCAGACAAUUCUCGUUACUCCCAUAGCAUACACUGCUUAAUAAGGUUCAUGCUCGAACCAGAUCCAGACCGCAGACCUGAUAUUUUUCAAGUGUCCUAUUUCGCAUUUAAAUUUGCCAAAAAGGAUUGUCCAGUCUCCAAUAUCAAUAAUUCUUCUAUUCCUUCAACUCUUCCUGAACCCAUGACUGCUAGUGAAGCAGCUUCUAGGAGAAGCCAAAUAAAAGCCAGAAUAACAGAUACCAUUGGACCAACAGAAACCUCCAUUGCACCAAGACAAAGACCAAAGGCCAACUCGACUGCUGCCACUCCCAGUGUGCUGACCAUUCAGAGUUCAGCAACCCCUGUUAAAGUCCCUGUACCUGGUGAAUUCGGUAACCACAGGUCAAAAGGAGCACUGAGACCUGGAAGCGGCCCUGAGAUUUUGCUGGGUCAGGGACCCCCUCAGCAGCCUCCGCAGCAACACAGAGUACUUCAGCAACUGCAACAAGGAGAUUGGAGAUUGCAGCAACUGCAUUUACAGCACCGUCAUCCUCACCAGCAGCAGCAGCAGCAGCAGCAGGAUGCUUAUAUGCAGCAGUAUCAACAUGCAAUGCAGCAGCAACAGAUGCUUCAACAACAGUUUUUAAUGCACUCGGUGUAUCAGCCACAGCCUUCCGUACCACAGUAUCCUGCAGUGAUGCAGCAAUAUCAGCAGGCUUUCUUACAGCAGCAAAUGCUAGCUCAACAUCAGCAGCAAACUCAGCAACAGGCAUCACCUGAGUAUCUUACCUCCCCUCAAGAGUUUGCACCAGCCUUAGUUUCCUAUCCUUCACCACUUUCAGCUCAAGUUGGAACCAUAUUGGACUCCUCUUCUAGUGCCAACAGGUCAGUUGCUGAUAAAGAGGCAGUUGCAAAUAUUACAAAUCAGAAGAACAUCAGUAACCCACCUGAUAUGUCAGGGUGGAAUCCUUUUGGAGAGGAUAAUUUCUCUAAGUUAACAGAAGAAGAACUGUUGGACAGAGAAUUUGACCUUCUAAGAUCAAACAGGCUCAAGGAGAAAGCAUCCUCAGAUAAGAAUGUAGACCCACUUUCUGCUCCACAUAACCAUCCUCCAGAAGAUCCUUUUGGUUCUGUUCCUUUCAUUUCUCACCCAGGUUCUCCUGAAAAGAAAAUUGAACUUUCAUCCAUGAAUGAAAAAAAUAGCUCUACAAACCCUAUCAAGAAUAGAAAGACAAGUCCAGUAUCUAAAGACCACCGGGCUGGAAAGAAAAACUCAGAGAAUUCAUCACUACAGGGUCAAGUGCAGAAGGAAAAUGAUGAAUCUGAAAGUGAUUUUGAAUCAGAUCCCCCUUCUCCUAAGAGCAGUGAAGAGGAAGAGCAAGAGGAUGAAGAAAUUCUUCAGGGAGAACAGGGAGAUUUCAAUGAUGAUGAUACUGAACCAGAAAAUCUGGGUCAUAGGCCCCUCCUCAUGGACUCUGAAGAUGAAGAAGAGGAGGAGAAACAUAGCUCUGACUCUGAGUACGAACAGGCCAAAACCAAGUACAGUGACAGGAGCCCCGCCUACAGAGCCAAAUCUGGCAGUGGGCCAAUCCAAGAUCCUAAUGUAACGCCCACCAGCCCAGCCCAGUUACCCUGUGAUGCUGCAGUGCAGACCCCCAAAGACGAGUUUGACGUGUUUGGCGCAGUCCCCUUCUUUGCCGUGCAUGCUCAACAGCCCCAACAAAGAGAAAAUGAGAAGAACCUCUCUCAACAGACCUUUUUCCCUAGUGUGGGACUAGAGCAAGAAGAAUUUGAUGUAUUCACAAAGGCACCCUUUAGCAAAAAGGUGAACAUACAAGACGGUCGUGCAGUGGGGCCUGAAAUGCAGACUCUCCCAGGUUGUCCCAAAAGUACAGAUAUAUUUGGCUCCACUCCAUUUCAGCCCUUUCCCACAUCCACAAGUAAAAGUGACAUCCACGAGGACCUUUUUGGGCUUGUGCCCUUUGAGGAAAUAACUGGGAGUCAGCAGCAAAAAGUCAAACAGCGUAGCUUGCAGAAACUGUCUUCACGCCAAAGGCGCACCAAACAGGAUUUGUCCAAAACUAAUGGGAAGCGGCACCACGGCACGCCGACCAGCACAAAGAAGCCCACGAAGCCCACCUACCGCACUCCAGAGAGGGCCCGCAGGCACAAAAAGGUGGGCCGCCGAGACUCUCAAAGCAGCAAUGAAUUUUUAACCAUCUCAGACUCCAAGGAGAACAUCAGCGUUACGCUGACUGAUGGGAAAGACAGAGGCAAUGUCCUGGCUCCCGAGGAGAGUCUGUUGGACCCCUUUGGGGCCAAGCCCUUCCAUCCCCCAGACCUGCAGUGGCACCCUCCGCAUCAGGGCCUCAGUGACCUCCGUGCAGACCAUAAUCCCGUGCUGCCCGGGCGGCAAAGACCCAGUUCGCUGCAUGGGUCAUUCCAUAGUGCAGAUGCAUUGAAAAUGGAUGAUUUUGGUGCCGUCCCCUUUACGGAACUUGUGGUGCGAAGCAUUACUUCUCCUCAGUCCCAACAGGCCCAGUCAGUCGAAUUAGACCCAUUUGGUGCUGCUCCAUUUCCUUCCAAACAGUAG